AUGUUGGUUGUUGUACUUAACCGCGCUAUAACGAAAAGAUCGGCUCUCAAGGUUAAACUGUGCUCAGAAUUUUCUCACAUGAUUGAAAAGUCUGACUCAGAUAUGUGGACUCUGGAGUCAGAAAUUCAACUUUUUCAUGCAAUACUCAAUCAUAAACCUGUUGGAGCAGACCGUCAUUUCCAAAUGAUAUAUGUGUGUAAUCUCAUAAACUCUUUUCUCAAUGAACCAGUUAGUGCAGAUGCUGUUUGGAAAAAGCUAAGUUCACUGUAUAAUAUGGAUGAAUUGCACGACUCCGAAGUUAAUCCCUUCCAAGCAAAAAUGAAGGAAUUUAGCCUCCCAGAGGAAUACGACUCCUUGAAAUCUCUCAAGUAUCCUCGUGUUGCGUCACUGAGUAGGAUAUCUUCCACUCGAUCUCCUCGUACAGAUGCCUCCAUUCAGAAACGAACAAGAAAGUCUUUGCGUUCCAUUGACUCGAGUGUAACUUCAAAUAACAGCGUGGUCUCAUGUUCAUCCAACUCACCAGUUAGUACAACUGUUGGUCCUACCACUUCGCGGGAAAAGAGACGUUAA